CCCAGGACCAGACACCCUUCACCCACGGGUGCCAAGCUUGGCGAGGCUGAGGCAGGAGGAGGCCGCGCCCAUGGGGUCUCAGCAACCGCCACUGGCCGCCCUGUCCCUGCUGGGGGUGCUGGUCGCUUCCUGCCUGGGAGGGCGCAGCUGGGAGAGCUCAGGGCUCCAGGUCACCCUGAGACUGACAGGCUCCAACUCGCACUGCCAGGGCCAGCUGGAGGCCUCCAGGAACAGCAAAGUGUGGCACUCGGUGUCCAGCCGCAGCUGGGGUCAGAGCCCCAACCGCCGGGAGGACCCCAAGAAGGCUUCACAUCUCUGCCGGCAGCUGUCCUGCGGGGAGGCCUUGGCCUUUGCCCACUUCCCUGACUUCAACAGUCCCAGGAGUCAGAUCACCUGCCACGGAGAAGUGGGGUCCUUCCGUAACUGCAGCUUCGCCGAGACAAACCAGAGAGACCCUCUGGGCCUCAUCUGCCUGGAGCCGCCCAGGACGUCACCUCCUCCCACGACCCCGCCCCCCACAACCACUCCGGAGCCCACAGCCCCUCCCAGGCUGCGGCUGGUGGCAGGGCCCAGGGGCCUGCGGUGUGCCGGCGUCGUGGAGCUCUACCGGGGCAGCCAGGGCGGAGCCAUCAGCUACGAGGCGCAGGACUGGCCCCAGGGCCUGGAGGACCGUAUCUGUGACGCCCUCCAGUGUGGCUCCUUCCUGAGGCGUCUGCCAGAAGACGACACCCCCAGGGCCCAAGACCCGGGGCAGAGCAGGCCCUUGCCCGUUCGAUGGGAGAUCCACAACGCCAGCUGCGCCUCGCUGGAGCAGUGCUUCAGAAAAGUCCCGCCCCGCGAGGGAGGCCAAACUCUGGCCAUCGUCUGUUCUGAUUUCCAGCCCAAGGUGCAGAGCCGCCUGGUGGGACGCAGCGGCCUGUGUGAGGGGUCCGUGGAGGUGCGCCAGGGCAAGCAGUGGGGAGUCCUGUGCGACAGCCUCCGGCCCAAGGGCACGGCGCGGUGGGACGAGGUGUGCCGGGAGCAACAGUGUGGCGGCGUCCGCUACCACCAGGUGCUGGAUGCCGACGAGGCCUCCAGCGGGCUCUUCUGUCCCCAGGAGAAGCUGUCCCAAUGCCAUCAGCUUCAGGAGAAAAAAGCCUACUGCAGGAAGGUGUUUGUCACAUGCCAUGACCCAAACCCCGCAGGCCCGGGCGCGGGCACCGUGAUGAGCAUCAUCCUGGCCCUUGUGCUCCUGGCCGUGCUGCUGGUCGUGUGCGGCCCUCAUGCCUACCGAAAACUGGUGAAGAAAUUCCGCCAGAAGAAGCAGCGCCAGUGGAUUGGCCCGACAGGAAUGAACCAGAACAUGUCUUUCCAUCGCAACCACACGGCCACGGUCCGGUCCCAGGUUGAAAACCCCACAGUCUCGCACGUGGAGAAUGAAUACAGUCAGCCGCCUAGGAACUCCCACGUCUCGUGUGCAGCUCUGGAAGGGGCCUUGCGUCGCGUUUCCACCCAGCCUGAUAAUUCCUCCGAUAGUGACUACGAUUUGCACGGGGCUCAGAGGCUGUGAAAGAACCAGGCACCGGGCAGAGAACAGCAAGAGCCAGACCUGUUUCCUGGGGACACUCUGCAUUCGCCGCUUGGAAAUAAUUGCCCCACCCAGAAAAGGGACCGAGGCAACGGUGCCUUCAGACGUGUCCUACGUCCCUGCCGCUGAAUGCCGCGGGAGCCUGGCCCAGCGAGGACCCCCAAAACAGCUCGGCUGCCCCUCCGAGUGUGGGGGCCCUAAAAGGCAGAGCCCAGAAAGAAGGAGCCCUCCCAGCAGACACGUGGGGAGCAGCGUCGAAGGGGAAUCGGCUCUCUCCUCAGAUUCUGACUCCAGUGAGGACAAAUGAGGAAGCUUCUGUCUGGGGUGGGGGUGGGGGGCUCGGGUCUCUAGCGGAUUUUUAAUAUGUUCUUUGUAAAUAACAGCUUUUCUACUUCCUGAGAA